AUGUUCAGCAUGGCCAAUAUUACUAGUAUGCUGCCCAGAGAAUCUACAAUUAUCCAAUCCACUAUAUUAAAUGCUUUAUGUAUAAUACAGCUAUUUAUUACAGAGAAAUUCGAAAAAGAACUGCAAAAAAAGUCUGAUACAGACCCUUUUGAAUACGAAGAUCUAGAAUCAGAAGAUCUAAACAAACAAAUCAUAGAAAUAGCAAAGCUAUUUAUUCCUUUAUUUGCAGUACAAAUUAUUCUACUGAUAGUAGGAAGCGUGCCAGAAGCAACACUAGGCUCUAUAGCCAAUUAUUUUGGAGUAAUCGCCCAAAACAGCUCUCUAGAAAUGGCUCUCAACGCAUUCGCACACUACUUUAAACUAUUCUGCAUUUUUCUUCCCUUUAUUCUGGCAAUCUUUUACAUAUAUAGAUAUACAACAAAUUACAGUAUGAAAAGAAAACAAGAAAAAGAGGAAAAGAAAAUUGCAUGUCUUAUAUCUAUUACAAUAGGAUUUAUUUUUCUUUGCUUAAUGAUUCAAAACUAUUCAUUCAUGUAUAAUGGAAUGAUAAAGCCUAUAAUGGCAAUUGCUGUAAGCAAAACUCCUCGUUUGGCAAUGUUUAUUUCUCGAGUUAUAUUCUAUAUGUAUACUAUUGCAGAGGGCUUCUGUCUGACACACAGUAUAUAUUCAAAAGGCAAAAACUUCAGAGAAAACAGAAAACUACUACUAGCAGAAGGCGUGUAUCUGUCCAUACUUGCAAUAGCGAUGGGUAUAGUCACUUUGCAUCUAGUGAUGUCUACAAACAUGCUACUAGAUCUACUUAGAGCUCUCAGUGCGCAAAAAAAUAAUCAAUAA